UCCAUACUAAUGCCUUUUACCCUCGUAGUAAUGUGUACGUGACUUAUUCACUUUGGAACUCACCGUGUACGCUAAGGGCUAGAAAUGAGCCAAAGCUCAACUAUGAGCUUUUAUUGCAAAGAUAAUGUAGAGUGCGCUUUUGCAACCCUGACCCAGACACACAUGGAUCAAGUGUGUUGACUGUACAUGUCAUUGUAAACCGUAUUAGGUGAAAAAAAUAAGAAAGGUGUGAAUGGGAUGACCUCCGCCGAGAAUUUAACUUUUUAUUAUUGACUGAACAACACUGAUAAACAACACAUAGGCCUACAACGCUUGCUGUAAAACGGGGCUGUGGCCUCGUUGUGUUGACUGACGUCACGCUCACGCCCGAAUAAGUCUGUCUUGGACCAAGCACUGCACAGCGUUACUGACUUCACAUCUGGAGAACCUAUUCCAGUGUCAUCAGGUCCUUGGUAAAAGUGCAUUUUUAUUAAUACCCAGCCUGGUUAUUAAUUCGCUCCUGGAACCAACUGGUGGUUGCAGUCGCGCAGCAGUACAUUUGAGAUUUGUUUCUCGAUAAGUGAACUGCACAGUGUGCAAUUGAUCGAAGAUGCCAGACGGUACCAGCUCGACCCAGCAGUUAGCCACUUUGGACAUGGAACAGGUGCACAUUAAAGAAAAAUCCAAGGUUUGGAUCUGGCAAGUGGCCUUUGCCUUGUUGCUGAUAGUGGCCGUGGGUGUCGGUGUGACCAUGGGGUUAUUGUAUUAUUACAAGGAUGACAACGCUGUAGCAGUCACUCCACAGCCAUCACAACCACCUCCACAACCAACCGGCGAGUACCAAUACGCCAAGGCUGCCGUGGCUGCUGAUGCUGGCGAGUGCUCAGAGAUUGGCCGAGAUAUCAUGACUAGAGGAGGCUCAGCAGUAGACGCAGCUAUUGCAGCCUUGCUGUGUGUCAGUCUUCAUAACUGCCAAAGUAUGGGCGUUGGAGGUGGAUUUUUCAUGGUACAUUACAACGCUAGGACAGGAAACGCAGAUGUGCUUGAUGCAAGGGAGAGAGCUCCACUCGCUGCCUUCGAAACUCUGUAUGAAAAUGAAACAGACGAUGCGUCUACCCUAGGUGGCUUAGCCAUUGCUGUUCCUGGGGAGAUAGCAGGUUACUGGACCGCUCAUCAACGAUACGGUGUGCUACCCUGGAGUGAUUUAUUUCAACCUUCCAUCAAAUUGGCGGAGGAGGGUCUGGUUGUAGGCGCGGCAUUGGCUAGAGCUAUAAGCGCUCGUGAAAGUGUUAUCAAGGCGGAUCCAAGCUUGAGCGAAAUACUUUUAAAAUCAAACGGGGAGAUACUACGAGAAGGAGACAGGAUGACCAACCUCAAACUGGCCGAGACAUUUAAGAAACUAGCAGAGGGUGGAGAAGAUGUCUUCUAUCGAGGAGAUCUUGGUGAUGACAUCGUUGCCGACAUCGCUGAUAGAGGCGGUAUCAUUACAAAAGAAGAUCUGAAGGAGUACAAAGUGAGACGAAAGGAACCUUUGAUGGUUGAAAUUGGCGAUCUGAAGGUUUACACCCCUCCACCACCGUCUAGCGGCGCUGUUUAUUCACUCAUCAUGAAUAUUCUGGAGGGUUAUGGCAUUGGUCCAGAUAGCAUUGCUACCACUGAAGCUGAAAUCUUGACAACUCAUCGUAUGGUAGAGGCUUUCAAGUUCGCGUAUGCAGGUCGAUCAUUCCUUGGAGAUGAAGACUACGUCGACGUCAGAGAAAUCGUUGCCAACAUGACGUUACAGUCUUAUGCAGACUCCUUACGAGCCGCUAUUAGCGACAACGAGUCUCACGAUCCUUCUUACUAUACUGCGUACUACAAUCAGCCUGAUAGCGGCACAUCUCACCUGUCGGUCGUUGAUACACAUGGCAAUGCUGUAGCUGUAACAAGUACCAUAAACCUCUUUUUUGGAUCCAAAAUUCGUGGAAAUCGUACAGGAAUUAUCUUCAACAACGAGAUGGAUGAUUUCUCCAGACCUGGUCAGCCGAACUUCUUUGGUUUUCCGCCGUCUGUGAGCAACUUCAUCCGGCCAGGAAAACGACCAAUGUCUUCCAUGACUCCCACCAUAGCAGUGGAUCGUGACGGUGGAGUUAGACUGGUGGUGGGUGCAUCAGGGGGUUCACGGAUACCAAGUGGCAUAGUCCAGAUAUCUGCGGAUGCUUUGUGGUAUGGACGGAAUAUUAAAGAAUCAAUCCAACGUAGGCGCAUUCAUCAUCAAUUUAUCCCCAACAACGUCACCUAUGAGCCAGGUUAUGAUCAGGCAAUUAUCGACGGCUUGAGAGCAAAAGGAAACUACCCAUACGAAUCUACCCGUGGCUGUGUCGUACAAGGCAUACUACGUGACAACCAGGGAUUUUUGAACGCUUACAGUGACGACCGGAAAGGAGGCUACCCAGCUGGCAUUUAGAUUAGAAUUUUAUUGAGACCAACCUACCCUCUCCCCACCUAAAAUGAGCAACAGUGCCACAAGUAGCUGUUCGUUCUUCCCAGAUACAGGCCGUGUCCGUAUCAGGAUUCCAGAGCUACGGCUAGGUGUAUUGUCUGCGCCUCUUCACGUACUUUCAAUAGAGUGAAGACCUAGACCUAGCUCUAGACAACAGAUUCGGAUGCAGCCAUAGUUUAAAAGGCAACAAUGACCCCAGCAUGUAUUUAGAGUAAUAAAAUUACGGUGGUUUACCUGUAUUUGUUUAAGUUUGUUUUUCUAAGACGUUUCUGUGUUGGUACACGCUCGUGCCAUAGUUCAUGCACGGGUGAUACGCACGCGUAUCGCGCGUCGUCAACCAUUGGCAGACGUUGAGACGUUUGGUUGAUGGUGACAAACUGUUGUCUGUGUUAUCUACCCCGAACUGAAGUGCACCCCCAAUCAGCGAAAGAAAGGCUGGUGAUUACAAGCAGGUUCUUGCACGCGUCAUACACGCGGACGCGCCACGAUUUGCACGUCCCCGUGGAUGAUCGCUGAAGUUGUUCGUUACCUUCCGGUUUCAUAGUUCCAUGUAAAAGACGAUCAAUACGCAUGUGCAGUGGGCGUGGUUUAAACUCAAGUGACGUCACACUUACGAACCGGAUAGGCUUGUAUACACGCACUGUCUUUUCAUGACGUCGGUGGUUGUGGCUGGCCCAAUGCAUAUGGCGGGGCUUUAGAGCUAUAUAUAUUUUGAUAAAGCUAUAUACAUGUACAUGUAUCGCUCUAUGAUAUGUACGUAUUAGUUUGGUGCCAACCAUUAUGUCUCUUUGGCUUUGUCUACUGAUUAUCUGUUUCCUGCGAAGGCUUGGUACGUCAGGCUUGUAUUAACCUCUGUAUAUUUUCUUGACUGUAGGUCCACAUGCUCCUUACGAAUCAUUCUAGCAGAGUAGAAGUAGACUAAGUGUAUAAAGGUGAGAAUUAGUUGGUCACUGCUUUUGUCCAGCAAGUACAAAAAAAUCCACAUAGACUGUUGUAUAGUUCGACAGGUAAGUCUUUGUGAGUUUGUUUUAGUUUUGUCUUGUUUUUGUAUUGUUUUGUUUCUAUAUGUGUUUAAUUUCAAGUUUAAGUUUUCAUGGAGGCUUCCCAUUGACGUGAUUGCUACACUGUAUAAAUAUUGCACUGUUAUGUCAAAUAUCUUGUCAGGGAAAUUGUACUAGAAUAAUACGAAUGUUUGCUGUAAACAUAUGAACCGAAAUCUUGCAGACAUUUUGUACUAUAUAGCCUGUACUAACUUAAAAUGUAAGAGUAACUUGACACAAAUCUUUUUUUACUUAAUUGUUAUUAUUAUUAUAGGUGGUUUAUUUCAAACACUUUUAUUGUAUCCCGGAGGAUAAAUUGCCAUAGUACACUCAGCUUAACUAUUCAAUAAAUAAAAAACAGAGCAUUUAAAAUUUAAAGUAGGCGCAUCUCAUCUAAACUAAGCACAAAACAACAAUCAGAAAAUGAAAAUCAGUUAAGAUGCAAACAGAAAAUUGUACUGUUAUAACCAAUGCCCACAAAAACACAAUCAAUUGAAACUAACCCUUAACAGAUUAAUGAUUCACCAGACAUACAAAAUAUUGGAUGGGACUAUUCUUGUCACGGUUGGUCUUACAUGCGAAUGUGGGCAGUUUUAUGGUAUUAAGGGGAAAAUUAUUGUAUGAAUUUACAAAUAUAUUUUCUAAAAACAUUCUGAACCCACUAAAUAUUACUUCAGAUUCUUUUCUUGGCCAGUUGUUCAAAGCUCCUAGGCGUUUUAGACCAUUAGCAUGUACUAACCAAUAUACAUGUAGUUAUUUUCAGUCUACCUACUUUGUUUUCUGUCCGCAUUUGAUGUUACCGACUGAAUGCAUUGACGCGUUCUUAGUUCGUGAGAAGCAGUGUUGGAGCGAAGGCUUCGAUCCUGAACACAAAGCCUCUGACCCUAAAGGCCAAGGUUUGGACCCUCAAACGUUAACCCUCACUGUAAUAAAACUUGGCCUCCAAAGAAGCCUAGCACAAAAUAACAUUUUUUUUCUCCCAAAUUACUAGAAGAAUUGUUGUUUUGUUAUCCGGUGGAAACUUAAACUAAAAAAACCCAUAAUUUGAC